CUCUGCUGCAGCGCCGUGUCCUCUCCGCUCUUCUGCUCGAUCAUCCGUCUCCACGGUGCCGUCCGUAUGGCAGCCAAGCGAAAGCAGGAGGAGAGGCACCUGAAGCUGCUGCGGGAGAUGACAACGCUGCUGCACAACAGGAAAUGCUUCGAUUGCGACCAGAGAGGCCCGACCUACGCCAACAUGACCAUCGGCUCCUUCGUCUGCACAUCUUGCAGCGGCAUCUUACGAGGGCUGAAUCCUCCACAUAGAGUCAAGUCGAUCUCCAUGACCACCUUCACGAUGCAAGAAAUUGAAUUUUUGAGAACACAUGGUAAUGAGGUGUGUAAACAGAUUUGGCUUGGAUUGUAUGAUGAAAGAUCAUCAGUUUAUCCUGAUUUCAGAGAUCCUCAGAAAGUCAAAGAUUUCCUGCAGGAAAAAUAUGAGAAGAAAAGAUGGUUUGUGCCAGCAGAUCGAGCCUGGGCAGUGGCAGCAGCCCAUGCAUCAAUUUCAGGUUCCUCAGCUAGCAGCGCAAGUAGCACUCCAGAGGUCAAACCAGUAAAGUCACAAAUCUGCGACACCACACCAGCACUUCCUUUGAAUAAAGAAACACCAACCCAAUCUCCAGCAGUCAGUCGCUCCCAGGGAUCUCAACAGGAGAAGAAAGUGGCUUCAUUUGACCUCCUCACUGACCUUGGAGGGGACAUUUUUGCUACUCCCCAGUCUGCGCCUCCAUAUUUUGCAGACUUUGCACAUUUUAACAGUCACACAGCUCCAAGUUCUCUGAAUACAGAUUUUGCAAACUUUGAUGCAUUUGGAAGUUGUAACACUUCUGAUAAUUUUGGAGGCUUCUCCUCAGCAAGUCUACCAUCUUUCCAGUCCAGCAGUUCAGGUGGAGCCUCUACAUCAACAAAUGCUAAUUUUGCAAAUUUUGAUAACUUCCCAAAAUCUUCUAGUGCCGACUUUGGAGCUUUCUGUUCUUCUGGAAGUGACACAUCAGUAAUCAAAGCGCAAGCUGUUAGUGAAGAUAAAUAUGCAGCCCUUGCCGACCUCGAUAAUGCUUUCAGCAGCAAUACACAAACACAAGGGGCAAGUAGUCAACUAACUAAUUUCGGCUCAACGUCUGUUGGAUCUUCUGUGAUAACUGCCAAUCAUUCAAGCUCGGCAAACAAGUAUGCAGCACUAGCAGAAUUAGAUAAUAUGUUUAGCCGUCCGGCACCCUCUAGUAAUGUAUUUAGUACAAGCAGUGUGUUUGGGACAGUUCAGAGUGUUACAACUGCGCAAGCUCACCCUGGAAUCAGCACUGCACCGGCAACAUUUGGAGCAACCAAUCCGUUUGUAAGUGCUCCUGUUCUGCCACCGACUGCUGCCACAAACCCGUUCCAGGCUAACGGCAGAACUGCAGUGAGCUUUGGAACAGCAUCGAUGAGCAUGCCUACUCUGUUUGCUAGCCCCGCCGGUUAUACUCUUCCCACCAGUUUCAGUGGUGGCUUUCAACAGCCUGUUUUAUCUGCACCGGGGGCCUUUCCUCAGCAUUCAGCCUUUCCACCACAAUCUGCUGGUGGAGGUUUUAGUUCAUUUGGACAACAAAAGCCAAUGGUUAUGCCAUAUAGUCAACAAAUGGGAGUGUCUACAAAUCCAUUUCUGGCUGGAGCUCCAAUGGGCCAGUUUCCAACAGGGAGCUCCUCAACCAACCCAUUCUUAUAGCCCAUUGGGUUCAUGUCAGAAGUGUGAUGUUGGUGUGUAAUGUCUCCAGACCUCUUGCACAGUUUUGUCGCUCACUGAU